UACUACUUUGGUCAGUCUCACAAAGAAAACAGCCAAGCUUUUUUUUCAUACUCUUUUCCCUAUAUACCUUGAUUUCAAAGAAAUUGGCAAUAGAAAUGAAGAUGAGCAAUGGUGAUGGUGCAAAUGAGAGCUCCAAGAAGAAAAUGUCAAGUAGAAGACUUGGGAAGUUUCUUAAGGAGCAGAGAGGAAGGCUUUACAUAGUGAGAAGAUGUGUAGUCAUGCUUCUUUGCUGGCAUGACUGAUGAUCCAAAUGAAAAUAGUUGAAUCACCACACUAGCAAAAGGGCAGGCCUAGAGUGGAAUUCGACCCAAUAUUAAACAGCAUGACAAACUUCAUCAUCAUUCGAAGAAUUCCACUGGUUCGAAACUAAAUACUAGUACUAAGUUUAGGAGUGACAACUACAAGCAGAGGAAGUCCAAGUUAGACCUCAAGCUCGAGAAGGGUCAUCGUUCGUGGCUGUUUAAUAGUAGUACCUUUUUGUUUCCAAUUGUAAAUAGUAGAAAAGAGAAAUUUUAGAUAGGUGAGAAGUUAGAAUUAGUUCCAAUUCCCAUUGAGUUGAUUGGUUUUAAACCAGCUCCUCUAGCUCAUAUGUUAUACGCAAUAAUGAAAAGAGAGAUUCUGGUUCCCAAUUGAAGUACUCUUCUAAUC